AUGGCAGAAAGCUUUUAUGACCUUACCGCUCUAGAUAUUAAAAAGGAACCAGUUCAAUUAAGUAAAUAUAGAAAUAAAGUCCUUUUAAUUGUCAACGUGGCUUCGAAAUGCGGAUACACAAAGCAAUACGAGAAUUUGGAGAGCCUCUACAAAAAGUAUCAAGAUAAAGGGUUGGAGAUUAUUGGAUUCCCUUGUAACCAAUUCGGAAAACAGGAGCCCGAUAGUGAAGAAGUAAUCAAGGAUAACAUGUGCAAAAGGUUUGACUUAACCUUCCCAUUGUUUGCGAAAAUCGAAGUCACGGGUGAAAAUGUCUCGCCAGUCUACGAAUUCCUUAUAUCCCAUGAUCCUACAAAACAAGGUCAAAUUAAAUGGAACUUUGAAAAAUUCGUGGUCGAUAGGGAGGGAACGAUUGUUGGUAGAUAUAAGAGUGAAUAUUUGCCCGAUGAGAACAAUGAAGAUGACCCUCUCUUCAAAGCUCUCAACAGCUCCAA